GCAAAGAUAGCUAAACAGAACCUCACAUCCAUGCAUUUAUUUUUCUGUGGACAAUUAAGGAAAUGGAAAAGACAAGAGGUGUGAGAAAAGGUGCAUGGACAUAUGAGGAAGAUAAGCUACUCAAGGAUUGCAUUAACAAAUAUGGUGAAGGAAAGUGGCAUUUAGUUCCUCAAAGAGCAGGAUUGAAUAGGUGCCGGAAAAGUUGUAGAUUGAGGUGGUUAAAUUAUUUAAACCCUACCAUUAAUAGGGAAAGUUUUUCUGAGGAUGAAGUUGAUAUGAUGUUAAGGUUACACAAACUUCUAGGAAACAGAUGGUCACUUAUUGCUGCAAGACUUCCGGGUAGAACAGCUAAUGAUGUGAAGAACUAUUGGCAUACACACUUGCGCAAGAAAGUAGUACCAAGAAAAAUAGAAGAAAAAAAGAAACCUAUCGAAAUUACCAUAAAAGCUCAUGAAAUUAUUAAACCUCAACCUCGAACUUUUUCAUCUCAUUCACUUUGGUUGAAUGGGAAACAUAAUAAUUUUGCAAAACCACCAAUUGUGACGGUUUCGACAAAAGAUGUUCCUGUAGCUAAAGAUAGUGACAAGGAGUGUACUAUGCUACCAAUUAAUGGUGAUGGAGAUAGUGCUGCACAACCAUAUGCUGAAAAUUCCACAAUGUCUACCAUGUGGUGGGAUAGUUUGUUAAAUGUGAGCAAUGACAAGAUUGGUUCAUGCUCUUUGUUACAAGAGAAGGAAUAUUCCAAUUUAGAGUUUGAAAAUGUUGAGAAUUUUUUGAAUGAAGACUCCAAUAUUAAUGUCAGUGAGUGCUAUUGGGAAUCCAAUAUUUGUGAAUUUGAUUCUCUUUUAGAUAUCUUAAAUUAAUUAGGAACUGGAUUUCGUUGUGUGCAUACCUAGUAGCAGCAAUAUCGUUAAAUCAAAGAAUAAAAAUACUGUAAUAUCUUGUUUCAGAUUUACCGUGACUGGUAUUCAAUAAGAUCAACUAUAUAU